AUGUCUGCCUCAUUAGAUAAAUCCUUAGACGAUAUCAUUUCUUCAAGUAGAAAAACAUUUAAAUCAAGAAGACCAGGUGCUAAAGUUGGCGCCAAAGGUGGCAACCAAAACCGUGUUGGUAAGAAACUUGGUGGUUCAAAUAACAAAAAAAAUAUUGUUAAAUCCAACAAGAAACCUGCUGCUGCUGCUGCUCCAACCCCUGCUUUUGAUUUGUCUUAUGCUACUAAAGUUAAUGUUUCUGGUUUACCUAGAGAUUUAAAACACGAAAACAUUAAGGAAUUUUUCCAACAAGCUAUUGGAGGUGUUCAAACCGUUGCCUUAAGUUACAACGAAAAAGGUCAAUUCAAAGGUUUUGCUACUGUUAUUUUCAAAUCCAGCAAGUUUGCUAGUACUGCUGUUGAAAAAUACAACAAUGCUUCCAUCGAUGGAGGUGCUGCUAAAUUGAAAUUAGAAUUGGUUAUUGACACCAGUAAAAAACCAUUAUCUGCUAGAAUUGCUCCAAACGCUCCUGCUGCAGCACCAAAGAAUGCUGGUGCCAAAAAAGUUGCUGCUGCUAAAGCUGCUCUUAACAAGAAGAAGGCUGGACCUGCUAAAAAGCAAAACAAACCAAAAUCAAAGCCAAAGCAAAAGAAGAAGACUAUUGAAGAAUUGGACCAAGAAAUGGCUGAUUACUUUGAUAACUAA